UCACCUCCGGAAAGAAGAAGGAAGCUGCCUAUCUAAAAAAAGAAGAAGAAGAAGGAAGCUGCCGGGAUGCGUCUCGGGCACCUCGCCCGCGCGGCCCCUCUGCUCGUCCGCACGGCGGCGACGGCGGCCACCGCCUACCCAGCGGCGGCGCUGAAGGCGGGCGACGCGCUACGCUCGCGCCGGCGGCGGUUCACGGAGGACGACGUGGCGGCCUACGCGGGGGUGAGCGGCGACCGCAACCCCGUCCACCUGGACGACGCCUUCGCGCGCGGGACGGGCGGGUUCCAGCGCGGCCGCGUGGUGCACGGCAUGCUCGUCGCCUCCCUCUUCCCCGCCCUCAUCGCUGCCCACUUCCCUGGAGCCGUGUACGCGAGCCAGUCCCUCAAGUUCGCGGCGCCGGUGUACGUCGGAGACGAGGUGGUCGCGCAGGUGCAGGCGCUCCAAAUCAACGCCGCCGGCGCAAGGCACAUUGUCAAGUUCGCCACCAAGUGCUUCACGGAUGACGAUCAGACUCUCGCCAUUGACGGCGAAGCCAUGGCUUUUCUGCCCACACUGCAGCUCAGCACAGAGGUGAUGGAGUGACAUGUUUGUUCAUUAGACGCUACCGAAGCAGAUGCUACGAUGGAUCAAUUUGGAAUAGGGUGAUUAUUAUCUCAUGAUGAACUAUUUUGCCUUCAUAAAAGCUUCAGGCCUUGGGGACAUUAGACUGCAAUUUUGUUGGUAAUAUACUGUAUGUAGUAGUACUGUACAGAGGGAGUACCUUGCAGUUUUCCUGUAAUGUUAUGAUUGACAGCAUGAGCAAUGAUCACUUCAAUUUUCUCAAGAAAUGCCCACAUUCAAUGGGUUCCGUGAUCA